ACCGAAGGUGUCUAAGUUUAUCAAGCUCUCGAAAACCCCAGAUUUAUCAGUUUAUCUCUAGAGCGCGCACAUUUUUGUUCACAUUUUGUCAUACGUGUUCAAGGAUGGAGAAAGCCAACAACAAUGAAGCUCAUGAAAAUGAUGGCUAUGUUGCAGAGCCUCCAGAGCAGAAGAUUUCGUCUCGUGAAAGCUCAUCUUCAUCGCAAAAUAGUUUCAAUGAAGACGAUCAAUAUUCCGAUAACCAGGAGUCUCUUCCCACAGAAAACACGGGACAACAGCCACCGUAUCAAUAUGCCGGUAACCAGGAGUCUCUUCCCAUAGAAAACACGGGACAACGACAACCAAAUCCAGAUGCCGGUAACCAGCCUGGGGACAACAUAGGACAACAGCCACCAAAUCAACAUUAUGGUAGUCAGGUGUCUAUUCCUAUGCAGUUCAUGGGGCAACAACCACCAAAUCAACAAUACGGUAGUCAGCAGUCUAUUCCUAUGCAGAACAUGGGGCAACAACCACCAAAUCAACAUUACGGUAGUCAGCAGUCUAUUCCUAUGCAGUACAUGGCACAGCAACCACCAAAUCAGGGUCAAGUCCAGUAUGUGAUGGCACCUGGCCAAUAUAGCUAUCCAGCAAAUAUGCCUGCUCAGUAUGUUCAUCCAGGAUUCGGUCCGGUAAGUUACGGGCCGGUCCAGAACGGCCAGCCUGGUGUACUGCUACCGGCUAACCAGUACAUAGCCAGAGAUACAACCACGCCAAUGCCACUUGAUAAGGAGUACGACGGCCCUGUAGUUCAUCCAUCAAUCGGAAUGCUGAUUUUCAAGCGUAUUAUUUCUGCACUAUUCAUUAUUCUCGAUUUAUUUUUGAACUGGGCACAGUUUGCCUCAUGGGUAGGUAAUAUUGAACUGCCCGACUGGCUGAAUUUUCUCGAGGUCGGCAGCAGUUUACAUGGCGGUUCUCCAGUACGUGCACAAUGCGGAGACGGUGGAGGAAGUCUUACAACAUUUUUUGGCAUAAUCACAGCAUUUGGAACGGCCUUCGCGUGCUUUAAAUUGGUAAAUAUGGUAGGUGAGACUAUCAUUGAAUACCAGAAACAAAACCCAAGUGAAACUGAACCACGUUGUAGAGGUUUUCAGAUUAUACAUGGUUGGGUCGAGACUGUAAUUGGCAUGGCUAUUGAAGAUGUUCCACAGUUUAUUCUACUGGCUGUCUUCAGCGUCAAAUGCAGUAUCGAUCUAAUCGCCAUGGCUAAAGUUAUUGCCUGGGUGCUGAUCAAGGACUUGAAGAAUAACAUUCGUAAAAUCACCUGCAAACACAUCUACAAACCCCUUUGUACUGACUGCUUUGACGGAUGUGGAGGAAGCUGUUGCGUUUACCGGUUCGAUUUCGUCUGCUGCUGUAAAGUGUUCUUCUUCCGGCCAUGUGGCUGCUGUGGUAGCGACAAGUGUUGUGAACUUAUAGAUUAUAAUAUCUGUCCAGAGUGUACCUUUUCAAGAGGGGAUAAGUGUUUUGGCGAAAUCGAGAAGGACCCACAGUGGGCACUAAACUCUUUAUUGCAGCUUGAAAAAGUCUUCUCAAUAUGUCUUACAAUCAUAAUCGUCAUGGCUGUGCUAGAGCAAUUUAACUUGAAGUCAAAAUUACUAUAAAUUAAGAGAAACUUCUCAGCUUAAUUUGAUAUUCCAGUAAUUAUCAAAUGAACAAAAUUGAUUCGUUCUUUAAAUUGACUUUCGUGAAUGGAACUGAUAAGAAAAUGGGCGUUACUAGUUACAGACUUUCGAGUGUUGUUGGCACAUCAUUCUGCACGUAAGAAUCACUCAAGAAAAUAGGACAAAUGAGUGAACAAAUAAAAACAUAGUUCAGGUUAAAUUCACGCGAGGACUACUGUUUGCGAUGUGAUUGAAAACGUGUAAUAGAGCGAACAUUAACCCACUUCGAACAUUAUUGAUUUUUAUAUAGUUAUAAUAUAUACAAGUUACACGAAGCACAAUAAUCUAAUUUUAGCCCUUUAUAUUUCGAAAACAGUGAUUGCAGAAUUAUGAUAUGGUUGUAUGAUUUUUUCUUCGGUUAUUAUGAUUUUGACAGAUAUUGUUUGUUAAUAAAAUCUAACCUAAU